AUUUGAAAGAAGGUAGGUGGGGCCAACAUAUUUCCCACGUAGUGGUGAUGAGAGAGUAAAGUGGAAGAAGAAGAAGAAGACGGCUCCCAAACGGGACGGCGCACUCUUUUUCUAUUACAAACAAACAAACAAACCGUCCCAAACACUCUUUUCUUCUUCUUCUUCUUCUUCUUCUUCUUCUUCUUCUUCUUCUACCUCUCUCUGAACUCUGUUUAGAGGAGGAGGUUGAUUUCAUUUCAUUUCAUUAUUAAAAGGUUAAGAGUUGCUUGUUCAUGAGUGAAUGGUGUGGAUCUGAAAUUUUGGAUGCAAUUCGGUGGCUGUGUCUUACUAUAAGAAGCUGAAAGUUAUUGCUACUUCACAAUGGGUGCUGCUUGUUUUGUUCCUGCCAGAAAUAAAACUGUACAAAGUGGACCGACUAGUGAGAAUUCACAUCGAAAUAUUCGAAUGUCUCCUACAUGGAGCUUCCGUUGGGAUCAUCGAGGGCGUGUGGCUGGUGAAGAUACUUCUAUAAACUGGUUUUCUGAUAGUAUUAGUAGGAAUGAUGGAUCAGAGAAUAAAAAUGAAUCAGGACAUGUAUUAGAGGGUAGAAGUCCGUUGCAGAAUCAUCAGCAGAAUAGUUGCCAAAAACCCCAAAUUUCUGAAGGGACUGAUGCUAAUGCUAGAGAUUCACCUUCAGAUCAAUCUAUUUCAAGGUCUGUUUCUAUGGAUGUGAGCAUGGAACAGGCAAAUGGAUCCGCAUUGCAUUCAACUUCAUUGUCAGCAUCUCCUGUAUCAUCCCAAUCUCACAUGCUUCCACCUAGUUUUACCCCAUCAAGGCGGCCCGGUCAUUCCCCAGGACACCAGAUGUUAUGGCAAACUUCUGAUAUCCGAAUGCAAACAUAUAAGUCUCCCAGUAGCUACUCCCCGUCUGAGGAAAGACCCGUGUUUCCUUCAUGGAGCAACGGAUCAGGAAUGCGCUCCCGUGGGGGGUCUUCAGAUGGUUGGUCUAUACCUGGCUUGCCGGAGCUGAUGGGAACUCCACACAGAGAAAGAUGGUCACUUGAUAGUGAGUCCUUUGGUUCUAAUCAUGAAAGGAUAGUUAGAUCUACUAGUUGGUUUUCAGCCUCGCCAGUUGAUUUGAGAACAUGUAGCUUUUGCUCAAAGGUUUUAAAGGAGAAAUCUCCUUGGAGCACCCAAAAGAUAUAUGCAAAUAAUGACCUUUCAGUAGUUGCUGUUCUUAUCUGUGGACACAUCUAUCAUGCUGAAUGUUUGGAGAAUAUGACAGCUGAUAUUAAUAAGUACGACCCAGCUUGCCCAGUUUGCAGUUUUGGCGAGAAAGAAACUAUGAAGUUGUCCAAAAAAGUUCUAAAAGCUGAAAUGGAUUUGAGGGCUAGAAACAAGGCACUGCAGAAUCAGGCUGAGGACAGUGAUACUGAAUAUAAUAUUGAAGAUGAUGAUUCUGUUGUGUUUGAUAGCUUAAAAGUCAGAGAAACUAAAGGUAAAGGCAAAGGUCGUCAGAUAGGCUCCAGUUCCCGUGGGAGAAGCUCCUCCAGAAAACAUUUUCUGAAGCGACACUUCACGUUUGGAUCAAAAGGUUUCAAAUCCAUGUUAGAUAAUCACCCUACGAAAAAGAAGGGCUUCUUUUGGACAAAAUCUAGCAAAGCAUAAGCUGUUUCUUGGUUGUUGGGAGAGCAGGCUCGACUCCGCUGUUGAUAAUCUUGCACCAUCGAAAAGAUUCUGGAGUAUCUAUAGACUAAUCUAUGAUUUCAGAAAAUUAGAAGCUGAAGUGACUCUGUAAAGAACACAUACAAGUAGUAUCUUUUUGUGCUGUACAUGUCAAUUUGUUUAUUGUAUGGAUGGAUAUAAUUGAAUAUCCUAAUUAUGUUAUGUUUGUCCAUGAUUCUUCUUGUAUGUAAGGCAUGCCAAUAAACUAAUGGUGUUUCUGGUGUGGGACAAUAGUCUUUACAGAUUGAUCAGCAUUGCUAAUUAUUUUGAUUGGUU